AUGGCCAGCUCUGCUGUGCAACGUGCUUUCCGGGGCUGUUCUACUAAUGGUAGCGCGUCAGAUAUUCGUAGGUCUCUGGAUCGAGACCCACAACCUGUCCAGCAGGAUGAACAGGAUCAUGAUCUUGGUAUAGAGGAGAACUAUUUUGCAGGUUAUGACGCCUCUGGAGGCGUUCACAACACAACGACAGGUGUCCUCCCUCCCAUGUUACAUCCACAAAAUGUGGUUUCACAACGAUGUCCGUCCCCGGAUUCACUACUAUCAGACCCUAAUGACAGCGGUGUUCUCGCACCCCUAGAUGCGGACCAGUGUGUCCUUAUGGAGGAUUUAUACUCACGUGAAGCGUCAUGA